AUGGCUCCUCAUGCGGGGUUCGAUACUGAACAGAUCAGGGAUAAGGGGCGCAAAGAUCUUCUCUAUCUUCUCGAGGCUGUCCGCGGAAAGAAGAACCUCGUCUUAGAACGGAGCCUAGCUGGCCCCAUUGGCAUCAUUGUCAAGGUCUCGACGCUACAAGAUUAUGGAGUUGACAAGUUCUUCUUCCUCGAGAACAACAAUGCCGACACAAGCCAGCGCAAUAUUGUCUUCAUGGCUCGAGGCGAAUGCGCCCGUCACACCUUGGCUAUUACAGAACAGAUAAAGCGACUACAGCGCGAAAGCCAGACAGGACAUGAAUUCCACAUAUUUUGGGUCCCCCGCCGAACUCUGGUGUCUGACAAAUUGCUUGAAGAAGCAGGCGUACUGGGAGAUGUCAAUGUCCACGAGCUUCCCUUAUACUUCUUUCCACUCGAAAGAGAUGUCCUGUCACUUGAGCUCGACGAAUCUUUUCGGGAUCUCUUCCUCUGCAAAGACACGACACCAGCUUUCUUGAUGGCUAAGGCGCUCAUGGGUAUACAAUCCAAACAUGGACUUUUCCCUCGUAUUAUUGGCAAGGGUGAUAACGCGCAGCGAGUAUCGACUCUUCUCUCUCGAAUGCGACAGGAAAUUUUGGCUGGCGAUGAUACUAGUGAAGCCAAAAAGGCUGGGUUAACACCCAGCAAUACGACUGAAAGUGUUGUCAUCAUUGACCGUGAGGUUGAUAUGGUGACGCCUCUGCUCACGCAAUUGACAUAUGAGGGUCUCAUUGACGAAGUGUUUGGGAUUCAAAAUAAUCAGACAGACAUUGAUUCCACGAUUGUCGGAGCGCCGCUACAGCCAUCCUCCCAGAGCAGCUCUGCGACACCACCAGCAAGUACAUCCGUCAGGAAACGCAAGAUUCAACUAGACUCUUCGGACAAACUCUACGAUGGGCUGCGCGAUACCAACUUUGCCAUUGUCGGGACGCUUCUCAACAAAGUUGCACGGCGGCUGCAGAGUGACUACGACAGCAGACAUGCCUCAAAAACGACUGCAGAGCUCAAGGAUUUCGUCAAGAAGCUGCCAGGCUAUCAAGCCGAGCAGCAGAGCCUCAAGAUUCACACGGGCCUUACCGAAGAGAUUAUGAAGUAUACUCGAACUGACCAAUUCAGCCAACUGCUCGAAGUGCAGCAAAAUCUGGCUGCAGGUGCCGACCCAAGCUCGCAGUUUGACGUGAUCGAAGAACUUAUUGCGAGAGACACGCCUCUUUCGGAGGUCCUCAGACUUGUGUGCAUAUAUUCAUGCAUAUCCGGCGGUAUCAAGUCGAAGGAGUUCGAUCAAUUCAGAAGAUUGAUUUUGGAGGGCUACGGUUACCAGCAUUUACUUACCCUGAACAAUCUGGAAAAGUUGCAGCUGUUCCUUUCGCGAUCUUCACCAAUGGCAAACAUGAUUCCAAUGCCAGGGGCGGGGCAGGCGACGGGAACCAAGACCAAUUACACGUAUCUCCGCAAGCAGUUGCGCUUGAUCGUCGAUGAAGUCAACGAACACGACCCGAACGACAUAGCGUACGUCUAUAGCGGCUACGCGCCACUGUCCAUCCGACUCGUACAGUGUGUUCUUCAAAAGCAAUUCCUGCUCUCUAUAACACGUGGGAACGGUGUGACGGGAGUCGGUGCAGGAAGUGGUGCUCAGGGGUGGCGAGGUUUCGACGAGGCGGUGAAGCAUGCACGUGGUGAAACCUUCGAUGUGCUUCAGAAAGGGGAAGACAAGGCCGUCAAGGCGCAGGCUCUCUUAUCUGGAGGUAGUGACAAUAAGACGGUGUUCGUGGUUUUCGUUGGUGGCAUCACGUUCACCGAAAUUGCAGCCCUGCGUUUUAUUGCAAAGAAAGAAGAAGCCCGGAGAAACAUUAUUAUCUGCACGACCUCGAUCAUCAGCGGGAACAAGAUGAUGGAUGCCGCGAUGGAGAAAAGUUCGUUUGCGAGGGAAAAGCCAAUGCCGAAACCUGCGGCGGCAUCAGUUUGA